GUCAAUUUAACUGUUAAAGAGGAAGGGGUAUUGCCUUUGAAACCUGAACCCCUGUAUGCUAUUGAUGGAGACAAGGGAAUUAAUGAACCGAUAGAGUAUUACAUUUUGAGUGGGAAUGAAGCAGGUCUGUUUGACAUGAAUAGUAAUACUGGAAAUAUCACAAUGUUAAAAGCUGUGGAUAUAGCAGGGCCAAUACUCUUGACAGUUAUGGCUUUCCAGACUAAGAACCCCAACCAGUUUUCUACGACGUCUGUUGUUAUAGAUGUUGUGAUGAAGACCCUCAACCCUCCUGAGUUUGAAAAGCCCAGAUAUAACGGGUUUGUAUCCAGUGACUCAGAUGUGGGGAGUAUGGUCCUGGAAGAGGGGUUUUCUGCUAGGCCCUUGAAGGUCCUUGCUACGGACGCCGAUUUCGCAGAUGGUGUAAACCCUAAUGUUGAAUAUAAAGUCCAAGACAACAAUGACCUUACAGUGACUAAAGAAGGUUUUAUUCUUACGAAGAAGAUCUUACAACCUAACACAAUUAUUGCACAAAUAAUUGCUGAGGAUAUGUCAAAUGGAGAAUCUGCCUCAACUAUAGUCACAGUUGAGGUGCUAAUGGGUGGCGAUGCAGUGCUAACUGGUGCAUACAGUCCAGAAGACAUGGCUGCCCUGGGAGCUACUCUUGCUGUCCUGCUCAUUCUUUCGAUGGUGAUAAUUGGCCUGCUGGUAUUUAAAAUCUACAAAACAAAAACAGACUGGAAAAAGCUAUCUGAAGCCAGUAUCUUCCGGAGUUCUAUUGGCCGCGGUUCCUCUGCAAAUGACGGGAUGCAGUUUGUAAAUGAUGGUUACAAGAAUGGUGAUGAUGCAAGCAGUGUUGAUUCCAAAUGCCCAGACGAGGUUGACCACAAUAUAUACGUAAAUCUACAAUCAAAAACCCAAGAGCUUCCCGAGCCUGUGAGCUUCUCGGCAGCUCCUGCUCUGGCCUCUGAUCUGUUGGGAGAUUCAAGCAGCCUGGCUGGGUCCGACAAAACAGAGAGUGAGAAAGAGGUCAAGCCCAUCCUCACCAAGGAAAGAAGGAAUGAAGAGGGGUAUAAGUCCGUCUGGUUCAAAGAGGACAUUGAUCCCAAUGCUAAAGAGGAAGUAGUCAUUAUUCCAGACAACCCAGAGACCGAAGCUGUCGAAGAUUAUGAAUCCUUAGCUGGGGACGACAGUGACAAGGAUCCUGAGUCUCCAACAGCCCAAAGAAAAGCGUCCUUGGAAGAUGGAGAGAUUAAGUUUACCAAGACCUCCGCUGUCCGCUUCCAAGACCCCAAAGCUCACAGUGGAGACAAAUAUACCUUGGACACUGACAACGAGGAAGACAACAUAUCUCUGUAAAAGAGAAACUCUUCUUGUUGCAUGAGAAACACACCUGCAUUGCCAUGAUCUGUUAUGAACUCUCAGGAUUUCACUGCAAUCAGCAGAAGUGUGAUUAGAAAUUCCGUUGCUCGUGAAUGCUGCCUUCCAUUUAAUUUUUCUGAAAGUGAUUUUAGAACUUUUCUCUUUGAAAGAUUAUUAACCAUUUCAAAA